GUGGGGCAGUGCUAGCGCGGAAAGUAAACUCGAGUCCGACGCAGCUCCAAUCGACCAGCGGCCGAAACGAAAACGGUCACACGGGCUCAGAUCGGGCGGGUCACGCGGCUCAACAAGGAAAUUCGGUCAUUGGGCAAGUGCACCACAUACACACCUGUUUAAUUUAGUUUAAGUGUUGUCUUUGACUUUUCUUCGUAAAAGCAGUGUUGAGGUGCAGUGAAGUGUUCUUUAAUUUAGUUUUUGAUUAAGGAGUUUUAACGCAAAAAGAUCAUGGGACUCAAAAUAGUGGAUUAUUGGCUAAACAGAUCCUUCUACAAACUGGGAUUAAUCGUGGGAAAAUAUCCGGGAUAUUUCCUCAUAAUCCCCAUUCUUCUAACACUGCUUGGUUUGACUGGAUAUCAAAAAAUCCACAACAACAUCGAUCCAGAAUAUCUAUUCAGCCCCAUAAAUGGUGAAGGAAAAUACGAAAGGGCUGUUGUUGAAGAAUUUUUCAAGGUUAACUACACUGAGAAAUUUAACGUCGCGAGAAUCACAAGAGCAGGGCGAUUUGGUAGAGUAAUUCUGACUGCCAAAGAUGGCGACAAAAAUAUGCUCAGAAAGGAAGUCUGGCAAGAAAUGCGUCUUCUGGAUAAUCUCAUCCAGAAUAUGACAGUUUUUCAUGACGAUGAGUAUUACACCUACAAAGAAAUUUGUGCCAAAUGGAUGACAGAGUGCUUUCAAAAUGAUAUUUUGAAUUUGGACUUUAUUAUAGAGGACGUGGAGGCCAAGAAAAUAAACCUGACUUUCCCGCUUAUGUUCAACCCUGUGACCUGGGACGCCCAUGCUUUCCCAGUGUUUUUCGGCGGGACAGUUGUCAGUGAUGAUGGCCUUAUUAUCAGCGUGCCAUCUGUGCAACUGGUCUACUUUGGCAAUGCAGAAACUAAGAAAUACGACGAGCUCGGCACAGCCUGGGAAGACGCUUUCCUCGACCUAAUCGAAGAAAUCCAAGACAAACAGAACAUAUUCAAGCACAUCCGAAUCGCCCGAUUCGCGUCCAGAACAUUGGAUCACGAACUGGAGAAGAACACCAAAUCUGUCAUCCCAUACUUCACCUCCACAUUCGUAAUAAUGGCGGGAUUCUCGGUCCUAACGUGCAUGAUGACUGACUGGGUGAGAUCCAAGCCUUGGCUGGGCCUUUUGGGGAACCUGAGCGCGGCAAUGGCAACACUGUGCGCUUUCGGCGUCUGCAUGUACGCCGGUGUGGAUUUUAUCGGCAUCAACUUGGCAGCACCGUUUCUGAUGAUCGGUAUUGGUAUUGACGAUACUUUCGUUAUGUUGGCGGCCUGGAGAAGAACCUCCAUAAAAACCCCGGUGCCGGAGAGAAUGGCCCAUAUGCUAAGUGAAGCAGCGGUUUCCAUAACCAUCACCUCCGUCACAGAUUUCUUCAGCUUCUGCAUAGGGAUAUACAGCCCUUUCCCGUCCGUAACUAUUUUCUGUAUUUACUCGGGAGCUGCAACGGUUUUACUCUUCAUUUGGCAUCUCACAUUUUUCGCCGCGUGUGUUGCAAUUUCCGGGUAUUGCGAGCAAAAAAAUCUUCAUUCAGUUCUUUGCUUCAAAGUUCAGCCUGUGUCCAAAUCUGGGGACAGAUGCUGGUUAUACAAGGUGUUCUGCACUGGAGGUGUAGAUCCAGACGACAUAGACAACCCAAUUGAUAACAAAGAACACGGAUUCAUGUUGUUCUUCAGAGAUUCCUUUGCGCCCUUCUUGAACAACAGUUGCGUAAAAGUUCUGGUGAUCUUGGUUUUCGGGGUUUACCUCUUGGGAGCCGGAUAUGGCGUCACGCAAAUACAAGAGGGCCUGGAAAGAAGAAAAGUGGCGAAGAAUGAUUCAUACGCCAUCGAAUUCUUCGAUAGAGAAGAUGAUUAUUAUAGAGAGUUUCCUUACAGAAUCCAAGUUGUAGUGGCUGGUAACUACGAUUAUUCGAACCCUUUGAUUCAGCAACAAGUCGAAAAUUUAACGCAAACCUUUGAAAACACGUCCUAUAUAUCCAACACGUUAUACACCGAAUCAUGGUUGAGGGGUUUCCUGCAAUACGCUGAGAGAAAUCAGGAAUACCUCAACAUCUCAAUUAGUACCAAAAAAGAUUUUAUCAGAACACUGAAGGAGUUAUGGUUACCACCCACAAGUCCUUUUUCUUUGGACGUUAAAUUCGACAAAACAGGAGAAAACAUUAUAGGCAUGAGGUUUUUGAUACAAGCUGUGAACAUAUCUGGUACUGAACAUGAAAAGGAAAUGGUGAGGGCCAUUCGAAAGAUUUGCAAGGACUCGCCACUUAAUGCUACAGUGUUUCAUCCGUAUUUCGUAUUUUUUGAUCAGUUUGAACUGGUUCGGCCUCUUUCGAUACAGAACAUGGCAUUGGGCGCAAUAAUCAUGAUGAUAGUCUCUUUUAUUUUCAUACCAAACUUCUUAUGCUCAAUAUGGGUGGCAUUCAGUAUAAUAUCUAUAGAAGCUGGCGUUGUGGGAUAUAUGGCUUUGUGGGGGGUCAAUUUGGACUCCAUAUCCAUGAUCAACUUAAUUAUGUGUAUAGGCUUUAGCGUCGACUUCACAGCUCAUAUAUGCUACGCCUACAUGUCAUCCAAAGCAAAAACACCGGAUGAAAGAGUUAGGGAAUCACUGUACGCUUUAGGUCUGCCUAUAUUCCAAGGAUCCGUCAGUACAAUAUUGGGAAUGAUUGCUCUACUCUUGGCCAAUAAUUAUAUAUUCGCUGUGUUCUUCAAGAUGGUUUUCCUAGUCGUUUUCUUUGGGGCAAUGCACGGCAUGUUCCUACUUCCCGUUCUACUGUCUAUCUUUGGACCCGGAAGUUGCUCCAAACACGAACCCGAAGACGACAUGAAAAUGUCCAGCGUUGAAAAAGCACUGCCUCAUCCGUACUGCAUUCCCCAUCCGCAAUUCACGCUGAACGGAAGCAAUCUAAAAACCCAACAGGUGUCAACCAUAGAAAGAUACCCGAAGAAAUCCUUCAAAAGCUUCGGGGAUCUGGACAAAGACCUGGGGUUGGGUACAUCGGAAGAAAACUCCAGCGAGAGCUCAAACAACUCGCAGAAAACCAAGCCCAUCGUUGAAGACACCAUGGAGAAGAGAUACAAGGACGCCUGGAGGCGGAAUUCAGACAUCACGAUCAGCGAGUUCCACGCUAAUCAAGUACUGGACAUCUUUGGAACGGACUCGGAACGCGAAUACUACAGGAGACGCGAGAGGAGCAGCAGGGAUAAUCUCCAUUACGACCACCAUGCACCACCGGAUUACGACACCAGGCCUCGAUUUGAGAGACACAGGCACAGGCGGUAUUCGCCCCCAGAGACCAGAUAUCCGCCACAGAUCAUCACCAGGUCCAGCUCGUACCACAACAUCCACCCGAGGUUCAUAAAAGAGUCCCGGUUUCCGUAGUUAGGUUUUUCAAUUGUGCUAGGUUUAAGGAUGAAUUUUACCUCGAUAACGUUUACAAAGACCUGAUUAUUUUUCUAGAUCUUUGCUCAAUAUAUUUUUGUAUCCUACGCGAUAUAUAAGUUGUACAGUUAGAUUAAAGAGAAUUUUGUAAAAUAUAUUAAUAAGGAAUUAAUAA